AUGCGUUUACCGACGCUCAGAUUUGCUUCAACUGCCAGAUUUACGAGAUCUCUCUCCACGGUCUCUUCAGCCAAGGCCACCUUGCUGCCGUCAGAUGAACUCAUUGAAGAAGAGAGACAGGAUGAAUACAACCCGCAGGCAUACUACCCUGUGCGACUUGGCGAGGUACUUGGUGGCGUGUACCAGGUUGCGUUCAAACUUGGGUACGGGAGGGGCGCUACUGUAUGGUUGGCGCGGGACACCCGGCGGUGGUGGUGGCAACACGAUCGGUAUGUGGCGAUAAAGGUCACCAGAAACGACAGACUUUUCAGGGCCGCCGCCCUGCGCGAGAUGGAGCUUUUGCGCCAUAUAGCGACUGCGAAUCCCGCACACCUGGGGAGGCAGUGUGUAAGGACAAUGCUCGAUUCUUUUGAGAUAGAAGGACCGCAUGGUCAUCACUACUGCCUCGUGUACGAACCCCUCAGGGAACCUCUGUGGAUGAUGCAACUUCGUACCGGUGGUAAAUACACUCCCUCGACGCUCAAGGCGAUAUUGCAAGCGGUCUUGCAUGGCCUAGACUACCUCCACUCAGAGUGUCAUAUAAUUCAUACUGAUCUGAAGCGUGACAACAUCCUGUUUGGGCUUGAGGAUAUAUCUCUUCUUGAUCGGGCUGUGAAGGAUGAAGCAGAGCAUCCCUCCUCUAGGAAGGUCACCACUGACCGAACGAUAUAUCUUUCGAGAUUCGAUAUGGGCCCCCCCUUGACACCCCCAGGACUUCCGAAGAUUACUGAUUUCGAUCAAUCUGUCCAGGGCGAUGGCCAAGCGAUUCUGUGUAGUUUCAUUCAGGUGGACCAAUAUCGAGCCCCAGAAGUUGUCCUGGCAGCCCCAUGGUCAUAUAGCGUGGACAUCUGGAAUUUGGGCAUGAUUUUAUGGGAUUUACUCCAGGGUGCUCCACUAUGCGACGCCUCAGUGAAGGACUAUAGCCAAGAAGGAUAUCUUGCUGAACUCAUAGCAUUGUUGGGACCCCCUCCAAAGGAGCUCCUAGAUCGUGCGAGAUCACGUCAUUUGUUCUUUGAUGAUGAGGGACUAUUGAAACACAAGCAUUUGUUUCCACAGCUUCGGAGUUUGGAACAAUCUGUUACAGUUCUCGAGGGUGAGGAGAAGGCUCUCUUCCUCAAUUUUGCGCGUAGCAUGUUGCAGUGGCUGCCAGAGAAUCGCAAGACGGCGAAGGAAUUACUGAGAGAUCCUUGGCUACAUGACUUUUUAAGGAAUUAA